UCCAGGAGGUUGAGAGCGUGUGUUGGAAGUGUGGAUUCUAGAGUUGGAUGCUGUUGUCGAUGCUGACGGACUGAUUUCAUCCUGUCUGCUGCGCUCAGUUUGGAGUCCUUUUGAAUUGGCGCAGCGUAUUCUGAACUUGACAACAACGGGAAAAUACAGAAAACUGGAAAUCUACUAGUGGAAGUUGCUGUGGUACGCGAAAGAUAACUUGUAGGAAGAUGGAUAUAAUCUAAAAGGGAUUUUUCUGAUACGACAUUUCAUUUUUGGCUGGUUUUACUGACGUUACGUUGGCACAGACCGGAUCGCUAUCACUGAAAAGCAAGAACAGAUGAGUGUUUUGUAAGAAGAAUAUUCAAUGAAUAGUAAAGGAAGGACGAUUAUGGAUCCGUUGCAUCAAAACAGGGCUUGGUGGUGGAUAUUGGUGAUCCACUAUGUGGCGCUACAACUCAUGACCAUCCACUCAUCCAUGGUGCCAGGAACGUUGCAGCUCCAGCUAGAUGAGGAACAGCCAGCAGGAACUGUAGUAGGUGACAUUAGUGCUGGCCUCCCACCUGACAUGACUGCAACCCAUUAUUUCAUCUCAGAUCAUCAGGGUACAGGUGUCGGCACCGAUCUGGACAUCGAUGAGAGUACAGGGAUCAUAAAAACCGCAAAGGUCUUGGACCGGGAAGUACGGGACCGUUACAGCUUCAUAGCAGUCACCAUAACCGGAAUAACCGUAGAAGUCACCAUCUUAGUAAAUGACAUCAACGACCACGCUCCAGUGUUCCCAAGAAAAAGAGCCAUGUUUAAGAUUCCAGAACAGACAACCAUUGGCACCAAGUUUCCUCUUGAGCCUGCUUUGGAUGCAGAUGAGGGCCAGCUCACUACGCAAGGCUACAUCAUAACGGAUGGAAAUGUAGGACAAGCUUUUCUUCUUGAAACCAAACGAGGAUCCAACAAAGUGCUCUACUUGGAUUUGGUAGUCAAUGCAGUUUUGGACAGAGAGACCAGAUCUUCGUACACUCUGCUCCUGGAAGCAUUUGAUGGUGGUUCACCCAAGAGGACUGGACAAAUGAUCCUGGAUUUGAUUGUGCAGGACAUCAAUGACAACGCCCCAGUCUUCAACCAGAGUCGCUACCAUGCAGUGAUCUCAGAGAACCUUCAACCUGGGAACAAUAUACUGCAGGUGUUUGCUUCAGAUGCUGAUGAAGGCGACAAUGGGUUGGUGCUCUACGACAUCAACAGGAGACAGAGUGAUCCUGAUCGCUACUUUGUCAUUGACACUCGAACUGGAGUUAUCACUCUGAACAAGCCUUUGGAUUUCGAGAUGAGAAGAGUUCACGAGCUUGUGGUACAGGCUCGGGACAAUGCCAGUCAACCAGAGGUCACCAAUGCUUUUGUGACCAUCCAGGUGCGAGACUACAAUGACAACCAGCCCACCAUGACCAUCAUCUUCCUCAGUGAGGAUGGUUCUCCACGCAUCUCUGAAGGAGCGCAGCCUGGCCAGUACGUGGCUAGGAUUUCAGUCACGGACCCUGAUUAUGGAGAAUAUGCCAAUGUGAAUGUGUCUUUGGAAGGGGGUGAUGGAAAGUUUGCUUUGACCACCAAAGAUAGCAUCAUCUAUCUCAUCUGUGUAGAUCAGAUCCUUGAUCGUGAAGAGCAAGACCAUUAUGAACUCAGAGUCUUGGCCACAGAUUCUGGCACUCCUCCAUUACGGGCAGAGUCUUCAUUUACCAUUCAGGUCACGGACGUUAACGACAACCCGCCUUUGUUUGACCAGCCAGAAUACAUCCAGGUUAUUCCAGAGGUUGCCUUUCCGGGAAGUUUUGUUGUACAGGUUACAGCACGGGACAAAGACCAGGGACCCAACGGAGAUGUUCAGUACAGCAUCCUACAGAACGAAGAAACUCAUUCAGACUGGUUCAGUGUUGACGCAGUCACUGGUAUCGUCACCACCUUGACCCAGCUUGAUUACGAAACGGACCCUAUGCCGAGUGUAACUGUGGUUGCUGCCGACAGAGGACGACCACCUUUAUCUUCUACAGCUGUGGUCAAAGUGAUCCUACAGGAUAUUAAUGAUAAUGAACCUGUGUUUGGCAGCAAGUUCUACAAUGCAUCCAUUAAGGAGAACACCGCAGCAGGGACCUGUUUCAUGGAGGUUACAGCUACUGAUGCGGAUGGUGGCUCUUUUGGCUCCAUCUCCUACUCUCUGGGCUCUGGUCCAGGCAGUGUGACCCCGUCUCAGUUCACCGUUGGCAAGCACAAUGGACAGAUCUGUACUACCACCAGCUUGGAUCGUGACCAGGGACCAACCAACUACGACUUCACCGUCACAGCUGUGGAUGGGGGUGGACUGAGUUCAGUGGCCUAUGUGCGUGUGGACCUGAUAGACAUAAAUGACAAUCGACCAGCGUUCUACCCUCUGAACUAUGCAGUGAGCCUGAGUACGCAGAGCACCCCAGGAACCUCCGUCCUGAAGGUGACUGCUCACGAUCCAGAUACAGGAGAUAACGGCAAAGUGACAUAUCGUACUGUACCUGGAGGGAGCUCACCUUUCUUCACCCUCAACAAAGAUACUGGAGUGAUUUCACUGUCACGCGCUCUACAUGGAAAGGCAAACUCAGUCAUUACGAUGGUGGUCUCAGCCCAAGAUGGUGGGGGCCUUACUGCUCCAGUCAAUGCCAGGGUCAACAUCAGCAUAGUGGCAGGACUGGUCGCCCCCCCUGUGUUUGAGCAAGCUCAGUACUUCUUCGUGGUCUCUGAGGAUGCCCUGCGUGGAACACAAGUUGGCGUUGUGCGGGCCAGCACUAAGAACGGUGUCUCGAAGGAUAUCUCCUACACUAUUAGUUCUGGUGACCCCACGGGCUACUUCACUAUUGAUUCGGAGACUGGGGCUUUGAGAACGAGCUUGCCUCUGGAUCACGAGGCCCAACCCAGCUUGAAUCUGGAAGUCCAGGCGCACUGCGGUAACCCCCCGGCCUUUGGCCAGACUAGGGUACGAAUUACAGUGUCUGACGUCAACGACAAUGCGCCCGUCUUCUUGCCCUCAUCUUCCGAGUCACUGAUUCUACCUGAAGACACCCGGAUGGGUACAGUGGUGUAUAAGGUCCAAGCAGAAGAUCAUGAUUCUGGACCCAAUGGUCUUCUGAGUUUUGACCUGUUCACCGGCGGUGCCCAGAGAACCUUCAGCAUUGAUCGCAACAGUGGACAAAUCCGCCUGAUUGGCAGUUUGUCGUACGAGACCAUGCCUCGCUAUGACCUGCAGGUGAUUGCUAAAGAUAGCGGAGCACCUCAGCUAAGUUCUACCUUCACCCUGGUCAUCCACGUGCAAGCAGAGAAUGGCCAAGGCCCUGUGUUCGAUAGUCUCACGUACCGAGUAGAACUGAAGGAAAGCACACCUCUCAACACUCGCUUCCUGCAGGUACGAGCUGUAAACCGAGAUGGUGGCAUCACCCCUGGGCCGUCUUCUACGUCUUCCGCCCCACUAGCCUACCACCUGCACCCAGACGGUGACGCUGCAGGGUUUGGCAUUGUGUCUGACAGCGGCUGGCUGUUCGUGAAAAGUGCCCUGGACAGAGAAGCCAAGGAGAUGUACCUGCUCACUGUACUGGCCACAUCAGGCAACGGACAGCUGAAGAAGACGGGUAGCGCUACAGUGCGCGUGUCAGUGAUGGAUGAAAAUGACAACACCCCUCGGUUUAUCCAAGAGAGAGCGUUCCUGGCAGUGCGCGAGAACUUGCCGGCAGGCACUGGCUUCGGCCGGGUGUCUGCCAGCGAUCGGGAUGCUGGUCUCAACGGUCGGCUGAGCUACCGCCUGCUCCAUCUGAAUCGCCACUUCCAAAUCAACUCCCACACAGGUGAGAUAAGCACAAAACUUUCCCUCGACCGUGAACUUCAGUCCAGCUACCAGCUCAUGGUGGUGGCUCAGGAUGGAGGGAACCCUCCCCGCAGUGCUACAGGCACUGCUUUCAUCGCGGUUCUGGAUGAGAAUGAUAAUGCGCCCUCCUUCAGCCAUGCAGGAAGAGAGCUCUUGCUGCAGGCGUUAGAAGGUCAGCCAUCUGGAUUUCUUCUGGGAACCAUUCAUGCAAAAGACCCUGAUGAAGGAGAAAAUGGAACUAUUUUCUACUCCAUGUCUGGUCCCAGAGCCGAACGUUUCACACUGAACCCAAACACCGGAGAGCUGCGCUCCUCUUCCCCUUUGAGCCAUUCAGAGCGUCCUGAGUAUAAUUUCAUCGUUCUGGCUUCGGACCGAGGUUCACCUCCUCAGAGCUCCACCAUAACAUUGAAAAUUGAGAAGACUUGGCCUCAAGAAUCUCGUUACUGCCAAUAUACUAAUCACCCUGUAAUGAUUCCAAUAACGUUGAAUUCAGUAGAGGGAGCUAAACCCGGCUCAAUCGUGGGAUCUGUUCGUUCACCUGAUUCUCAGACUCUUCCUGAAGUAGGCCAGGUCACGUAUACUGUGGUGGGAGGCACCGACUGCGACGGCACCUUUGUGGUAGACCGCCAGACGGGUGAUGUUUACCUGGCCCGUGAGCUUGAUUUCGAAAAAGCUCCUCGAUACACUCUCCAGAUUGAGGUUGAUGACUUCUCCAUGCCUCUCCCUAAAAGUCACUUUGUUACAUUGGUAAUCGAUGUCCAGGACAGCAACGAUCAUGCUCCCGAGUUUCCCGAAGACCCCAUUAUCAUAGUCGUCCCUGAGAACACCGAUCCUGGAUCAUCUAUCUACACCUUCCAGGCCAUUGAUAAAGACGGAAGCGGACCCAACAGUGAAGUACACUACUCCAUCCUGCAGCAGUGGCCAAACGUUCCAGAUCUCCUGUUCCUGGAUCCAACCACAGGAGUUCUUUCUCUGGGAAUGAUGUUGGAUCAUGAGAGGACCUCUUCACUACUCUUGGUGGUUCAGGCGAUGGAUUCGGCCCCCGAUGUCGGUCAGCGGCGCCGUGGGACGGUCACAGCCCGCAUAUUUGUCACUGACGUGAAUGAUAACGACCCUGUGUUCAUCUCACCGUCUGUGGUGAGUGUGAUGGAGGACCAGCCUGUGGGCUUUGUUGUGGUCUAUGUCAUGGCUGCAGAUGCAGACCAGGGAGAGAACGGACGUGUGACGUAUCGUAUCCAGAGCGGCAACACUGGAGGAAAAUUCAGCCUUAACCCAGAUACAGGGUCUUUGUCUAUUCUUAGACCAAUUGACCGUGAAGAGCAAGACCUCUACAACCUGACCAUAGUGGCAGAAGACCACGGUUUACAACAGCACAGCAGCUCCCAGUUACUGUCAAUCCAGGUGAUUGACGUAAAUGAUGAGGUGCCAUACUUUGAGGAAAGUGAAUAUGAAGCUUUUAUUGCAGAGAAUCAGCCUCCAGGAACUACUGUGCUUGUGGUUUCAGCUUCUGAUUUGGACCAAGGGACCAAUGGAAUUGUGACAUAUGGAAGUAUUGUAGGAGAUGAUUUCAGUAUUCAACCGGUGACAGGAGUCAUAACAACCACCAAGGCUUUGGACAGGGAAGCCCAAGGGGUUUAUGCUGUGACAGACGGAGACCAUUUUGGUGAUUUCCACCUGGACAGGAAAUCAGGUGUGCUGUCCACUUCCAGGCCUUUGGACCGAGAGUCCAAAGCAAAGUACACCCUCACCGUGGAGGCACAAGAUCAAGGAAUGCCAUCCCUCACCAGCACUGUCACUUUGGACAUCAGUGUCUUGGACCUGAAUGACAACAGCCCAGUGUUCCCCAGCAGCAGCUACUCAGUGGAGGUAUCAGAAGAUGCAUCAGAAGGGUCUCUUGUUCUGGAGGUUUCAGCCUCUGACAAGGACGAAGGGUCCAACAGUCAGGUUGUCUACUUCCUGAGCCACGAAUCCAGAGGUAUGUUCAUUGUGGACCAAUACACAGGUCGCAUUAUUACAGCAGCAGCCCUUGACCGAGAAAAAGUGGCCUCCUACAGUUUCAAAGUCUACGCCAUGGACUCCUCAGCCUCCAACCCCCGUAACACCUCUGCUGAAGUCACCGUCCACAUCUUAGAUGUAAACGACAACGCCCCCUUCUUCAUCACAGACCCGCUCAUCAUCAAUGUGUCCAGCAGUAGUCUCUCCAACCACAAGGUGCUGGCCACCAUGAGAGCUGAAGAUAAAGACUUCGGUGCAAAUGGAUCUGUAUUUUAUCGGUUUGCGAAUCCUGUCAAAGGCUUCACCAUAAACUCCUUGACUGGGGACAUCCAGGCCACCGAAAAGCUCCACACGAUGACCCAGAGCCAGCGGACCCUCAUUGUGGAGGCCAUGGAUCAGGGUAACCCAUCGCAGUCCUCUCUGGGAGUUGUGAUCGUGUACAUCAGAGAGCAGAGUUACCAGGGCAUCCGCUUCGCUCGCAACACCAGGGAUGUCAGCCUGCAGGAGAAUACUGCUAAAGGUACAGCAGUUGUUCAGAUACAGGCUCACUAUCCUGAUGGAUCUAGCAGUGGCAUCAACUACAGCAUUUUCAGUGGCAACAAGCAGCAGUCCUUUAGCAUCAGCCCCCACACAGGUGAGAUUUGGGUAGAAAGCUCCAAAGGUCUGGACUUUGAGGAGACCCCACGACUCCGCCUGGUGGUCAAGGCUGAAACCGCAUCCUCCAGUUCCUUCGUGGCCGUUAACCUUCUCCUACAGGAUGUCAAUGACAACUUACCACGCUUUCAACUUCACAAUUACGUUGCUUAUGUUCGUGAGGCCCAGGGCUAUGAUCAUCCUAUCAUUCAGGUGUUGGCGAAUGACCUGGACCAGGGUCAGAACGGGCAGGUGACCUACUCCAUAAGGUCAUCGUCCAUGAGCGGCCUCUUCAAGAUCGACCCUGUCACAGGCAGUAUAUCCACCGCUGCCAUCAUGGACAGAGAGAUCUGGACACAGACCAACCUGGUUAUUAUGGCAACGGACAGAGGUAGUCCUCGGUUAGCAGGUUCUGCCACUCUCACUGUGAUCAUCGUAGACCUGAAUGACAACAGUCCCACCAUCCCUGUUCCACGUGAAGUCCGGGUCCCUGAGAAUACCUUGAUUGGAACCGUGAUCACUCAGGUCACAGGGAAUGAUGUGGACUCUGGGCCGGCUCUCUCCUAUUCCCUGCUUCUGGACUCAGACACUCAAGGAAAGUUUGGAAUACAUCGCUAUGGAGGCGGGGUGUCUUUGACUGCCUCUCUGGACUUUGAAGAUAGAACAUGGUACAUGCUGACCGUCAGCUCCUCGGACUCCAAACACCGGACUUACGCAAAUCUGACCGUGCUUGUGGAGGAUGUGAAUGAUAAUGCUCCAGUCUUCUCUCAGGACCUUUAUGAGGUGACUCUAGCAGAACGCUCGCCAGCAGGAAGCUCAGUUAUCACAGUAACUGCUACAGAUAAGGACUCCGGGGACAACGGAAGGAUAACAUACAGGGUUGUGUCAACAAAGGACAUGUUCUACAUUGACCCAAGCAAUGGUACUCUGUUCAUCAAGCAGAAGGUUGAGUUUGACUCACAGCGCCCUUCCAUUUUGGUGGUGAUUGAAGCCAGUGAUAGUGGAACACCUCCGUUGACUGCCCUUACCACAGUUCAGGUGCAUGUGUCUGAUGUCAAUGACAAUGCCCCUGUAUUCCACCAGACUGAGUACAGAGCCUCUGUAUCUGAAGAUGAAGCUCCUGGUUCAACCAUCCUAACCCUGGAAGCAGUGGAUGGGGACUUAUCUAGGGACAACUGCGGGUUUGAUUUCGCCAUUGCCAGUGGAAACAUUGGUAACACCUUCCAAAUCGAGAGCAGUGUUCGUUUCCUUGAGGGCCAUGGAUUUCAGACAGUUGGAACGCUGAUAUUAGUUGAUAAGCUUGACUUUGAGAGUGCGAAUGGCUACAAUCUCACUAUUGUGGUCUCAGAUCGCGGCAUACCACAACGAAGCUCAAGUGUUCCAGUUUUAAUCACUGUAAUGGACACCAAUGAUAACCCUCCAUCCUUCAGUAGGGCUGAGUACAACGUUAUUGUCAAUGAAGGGGCAGAAACGGGAAAAGAAAUACUUCAACUUUUUGCAGUGGACCCUGACUCAACAUCUAAUGGAGAGGUUCAAUACUCAAUCAGUUCUGGAGACGAGUCUGAGCUCUUUUCUAUUGAUCGCUGGACUGGGUCCCUUCGUCUGCGGAGGUCUCUUGAUAGUGAGAAACAGUCCUCUCGUGUGUUCAUCAUUCAGGCCUCAGACGGUCAGGGCCACUUCGCUCUUGCUCCUGUAACUGUCGAGGUCAAGAACAUCAAUAAUAACAGGCCUUACUUCCCUCUUAAAUCACUCACAGCAAGCAUUCGUGAAAACCAGCCCCAAAAGGCUCUAGUUACCAUACUACAUGCCAUUGAUCAUGACAAAGGAGCAUAUGGAGAAUUGAGAUAUUUCCUCAUGUAUAAUUCCGGCAACGGUAAAGAUUCCUUCCUAGUCAACCAAACCUCCGGUGAGGUACGAACCCGCUUUACAUUCGACUUCGAGAAGGUAAACGCUUUCAAUUUUAUUGCUAUCGCAAUGGAUGCAGGCAACUACUCGGCCACAGUCACAGUUCAGGUCUUUGUGACUGGUGAAGAUGAGUAUGACCCGGUUUUCACUAACUCAGAUUUUGCCUUCCAUGUACCUGAGGGUGCCAAGAAAGGGCAAAGCAUCGGGCAAGUAAAUGCUAAUGAUGAGGAUGGAGGGGUGGACGGCAUUGUCCUCUACACACUCGCAAACAGUUCGCCUUACUUUGAGGUCAACACGUCUACAGGAGUGAUAUCCCUCAAGAUGGAUGCAUAUCAUCGACAUACAAGCCGGUCCAAAAGAGAGACACGUCAGAUGACGUUGGAUGUUACUGCUCACAGUCCUCUGGAGAUUUCCCGAAAAGCUUCUGCCCAGGUCACAAUUGAUGUCACUCAUACAUCCUUCGGCUUGAACACAGACAUGAAUGUGGUACUUGCCAGUGCUAUAACAGCUUCCUUGGCAGCCAUUGUGUUCCUGAUCAUAGUUGUUGUGGUGAUAUUCCUCUUGAGAUCCCAAAAGUACAAAGAACAAGAGGCUUGCGCCAGAAUAGUAUCCCACGGUACCGUUCUGGAGAGUCUUGAAGAAUCGAAAGUGCCAGGGGGUGAUAAGCUGUAUCAUCAGACUCUUCCUGGGUAUGCAACAGACCAAACUGGGAGCGGAGGAGGUACCUACGCACGAGGUGGGUCUCUUGACCCAUCUCACUCCAGUGGACGUGGUUCUGCUGAAGCGGAAGCAGCAGAAGAUGAUGAGAUCCGGAUGAUUAAUGAGUAUCCUCAAGUUUCCAGCAUCUCCUCCUCCAUGCAGGAGCACAUAGCUGCUCGUGGGCCCGAUUCUGGUAUCCAGCAAGAUGCAGACCAGCUGUCUGACAUUUCCUGUGAGCCGGGGAUGGAUGCAAAUCAAUGGUUUAAAGGGAAAAAACUGGGAAGUUUAAGUGGGACACUACCAUCAAGCCAGUUGCCAACUUAUCGGGAUGAAGGAGGUGGUUAUCUUGGGGUUGGAAGAGGGCUUAAAAUCUCGCAUCCGAAAGAUUAUGCUUUCCCAGAGGAUGGUAAGCCUGCUGUGGAUGGUUCUCUUACAGCUAUUGUGGCUAGUGAUGAGGAACUGAGGGGAAGCUACAACUGGGACUACCUCCUCGAUUGGUGCCCUCAAUUUCAGCCUCUGGCUAAUGUCUUUACAGAAAUUGCCAGAUUGAAAGAUGAGAAUGCGCCACCUAACCCUCGGCGGCCAUUUCAUCCCAAAGCAAAGACAGAUCCCAAGCCCAGAAUUGACCCUCCUCCCCUUAUUACCUCUGUAGCACAUCCAGGGGCCAAAACGGUUUUGCCGAAACCUGCUGUAGGCCGAACAUUUCCACACCUGUCCUCAUUGCGCCGAUCUCCCAUUGACCAUGAUGGCACUGUUUCCUCAAUAGCCAUGUCUCCGAGUUUUUCUCCAUCACUUUCGCCACUUGCUGCCCAUUCCCCAGCCAUUGCUCCCUUUGGAGGUCACUCGUCCUCCAUUAUGGGUACAAAUGAACACUCCUUAGAACAUGAGGAGACAGAACUGAGGAUUUAAUGCUGUCUAAGGAGAGCUCACCAGAAAGCAUUCCCACCUGCUCAGGUACUCUAAAAAUGCCUCUCCUCUGGCAUAGCCCUCAAUAUCUUGUUGUAUGUAAUGUUGCCCCACUGGCUGGCCAGAGGUUUCAUAAAGCGGUGCUUUUGUCACCCUUCUUUAGACUUACUGACUUGAGUUGUUUUAUAAUGCUGUUCUAACGAUCCUGAAGAUCAAAUGACAAUUUUCUUAGCCCAGCAUUUGCACAUUUUAAAGGACAGUUAUG